AUGGUCCUCCGUGGCUUGAAAGACAAGAAGAGUGGCCUUCAUCUCUGCUUGGUCCUCCAGAAACACAGUGGCCAAAGAAGAACUUCGAGUUACUAUCAACGUAGCAUCUGUUCUCACAACUCUUAUCAUCCGCGACUGUCACCUUCGCUGUCUUCAUGGGAGUGUCCACUUACCCUUGGAACGUUACGACAAUCUUAUUGGAUUCUCCGAGGUCGCGAUUUGAUACGAUCAUUGAUUCAUCGGUGCAUUAGAAACAGAGGUAAUACUCAGCAACAGCUGAUAAGUGACCUCUGUUCCAUCCGCAUUACUCCACCUGAACGAGCAUUCAUCAACACUGGGGUAGCCUAUGCUGCUCCCAUCAAUGUUCGCACCUCCGAAGGACGAAGUCACCAUUCCCACAAAGCCUGGAUUUGUAUUUUCGUCUGUUGUGCCUCCCGCUCAGUUCACCUCGAGUUGGUUUCUGAUUACACUGCAGAAGCCUUCAUAGCUGCUUAUAUUCGCUUCAUUUCUCGUCGUGGUCUUUGCCGAACUUUGUCUACUGACGAGGGUGCGAAUUUUGUGGAAGCAGAUCGUCAACUACAGGAAAUGUUUUCUGAGGCAUCAGCAGAGUUUGCUUCUAUCGCUACAUACCUUGCUUCGCUAGGUACCCAGUGGAAAUUCAAUCCUCCUGCAGCACCUAACUUCGGAAGUUUAUGGGAAGCUGCAGUUAAAUCGACAAAAUUCCAUCUUUGUCGAGUCAUUGGAGACUCUACAUUGACGUUUGAAGAAAUAAUCACUCUUUUAACACAAAUUGAGGCUUGUCUUAAUUCUCGGCCUCUCAGAGCUCAGUCAGAUGAUCCAACAGACAUUUCUGCCCUCACAUCAGGACAUUUUCUUAUUGGAGGUCUACUGAAUACAGUUUCUGAACCAUCCCUUGCAGACAUUCUUCCAAAUCGAUUGAAUCGCUGGCAGUUGAUCCAGCAAAUGCGUGAUCAUUUUUGGGAGCGCUGGUCAGAUCAGUAUUUGAAAGAACUUCAACCUCGAUCCAAGUAG